UAACCAAGACAAAAGGUGUGUCUGAGGCCUCGUUUACGGUAUAUGACCUCAUAUUUGAUUUAAUAUUUGUCACGUGGCUUUAUUUAUGAUAGUCAUAAAUUCUCUUCAUUCCGACAGUCGACAAGAGAUGAUGCUACUGGUAAAAACAAACCAUAAAGAUUAUCCUGGCCUAAAGGCAUUUCUUGCUGAUAUGACUGUGUGAAGGAACAAUAGCAUGCGAUAAGAACUGAAUGAAAUUUGGAACAGAGGCCAUGACCACGGAAAGGAGCUAUUUUCGUUAACACCUGUACACCACGUUGCGAAAGCUGCAUAUCAGAUUCAAGCUCUCUGUACUUAAGACUGAGUAAAAAGUUUAACUCUUCGCCUGCAGUUCAUGAAACAAGUUGGCUUUAAGUUUAACCGAGACGAUAAACAUCAGAGGUCGAUAACCGCUGCUUUGGUUGUUGCUUGUGGCAAACGCGUCUUCUGAAGUUAUAGCAAUCGAUUGAUGACGAAGAUGUCUGUUUACGUGAAGGGCUGGCACAGAAAGGUUCUUAACGAACGAUCUUUUCUCAUCAAGAAUUAGUCAUUUGAAACUUCGUAACAACAUUGGUUUUCGCACAAGAUUUAAUUGGUUUCCUCUCAACAAAGACAUCUGCCUCACGGAGACGACAAAUAACUGAUCAUAAAUAUGAAGACAGGCGAGAAAGUACAAGUAGCUGAUGAAAAACAGUCGCAGACAACACCCAUUGCGUCGACACUGCAUGAAAGCAUCAUCGGUAUGAAAGAGAGCUUUAUUUUACUGUCCGAGUCACUAGCCGAGGAGCUCAACAUGUCAAAGAGCUUCCUAGUAACGUUUAAGGUUGGGCUACUGCUGCAAUAUUUUGCUGUCUCCCUUCUAUUGUUGAGUACAGCUAGUCGUGCGUGGUUCGUUAACGGAAAUAUUAGCUGUCUGGGGCAUUCACAGCAACAGAUCAACGGAACUGAGAGAUCGGUUAUCGAAAGUCUGUGCAGGAAUCCAGCAUAUCGGGACCGAUUUUCAGCGUUAUUUUUGUGCUUGGAGAUUCCAGUUUUACUACUACUGCUUUUGAGAGUGUUAGUCGAUGAAAGAAAUCACGGAUGGAAAUUUAACUGGAAUUUGCAUUUUAAUUUCGAUGAUUGGACGAUUUACUUCAUCACAACUCUUCCGAGGAUACUGGUUUAUAUAAUUCUUCCACUGCAAUCAGCACUAAGUACUAAUGCAUCCCAUAGCACGUUAUAUGCCGUAUUCCGCUCGCCUUUCACGUUUAUACUCGGUUUAUUGGUUCGAUUGAUCGUUUUCCCAAUCGCUUUAUUUUUCCCGUAUCCAAUGAAGGAUUUUGUGGAGGUGAAUCUAAGUCAAAUUGCCGAGAGUCUUAGCGAUUUGGUGCCUAAAAUUGAACAAAUGAGCCUAACAGGGAAGAUAGAUUGCUUUCAAUUAUGUCAAGCUAGCUUCGAUGGCACCUGGUGCUUUUUCGUGUGCUUCUUGCUUGUUAACUUCAGCAUCGUAUUUUGGGUAUUAAAUAUCCCGAUUUUGAAUGAAGAACCCCGUAGAGGCGAGAGCAGGGCACAGUACUCAGAUAGCGUCGAAUUCAUUAGAAUUUCGGAAGUCAGUGAAGAUUUUUCCUUUGAGGAAGAUGACUGUCGUGUGUCAGCUACGCCUGAAAAAGCUGCCAACGAUUUAAUCGUUGCUGAGUCGUGUGCGAUACCUUCAAAUGUUGUUCAUUUAGACACUGGCGAAAUAGAAGAUGCUAAAUCUAUAACCACUGAACCGGAUUUAGACGAGUCUGUUGCGGUCGGAUCAGUCGGAAAUGAAUCGGAUAAAACAGUUGUGUCGGACAUAAAUGAAUCAGUUGCGGUAGUGCCAGAACCUGACGAUGUGAAAAGGUCAGAUUUCGCGGCCAUAAAAUCUUCAGUGAUUUUGGAUUCUGAGGAAAAAAAUGAAGAGCUUAAAGAAAAGGUUUAUCUUACUAAGCAUACUCAAACCACAAUACAACAUGUUAGCAAAGGCUGUCAAACUUUUGUGCCUAUUCAUCUUUAUAAAAAGAUCAAUAAAAAGACCCAAGUAUCACCAAUCUUGGUCCAUGCGCAGACUAAUACGGAAAGCGACAAAAAAGCAGAUACAAGUGUCUUAAAAAAAGCUGUAAAAUUAGUCGGCGAGGAACAAGAUCGAAGCGAGGCUAGUGAACUAUCUGAGACAGAGAAUGUAAAAAAUGGCGUGAAUUCUUUAGAAACUAUCCAUAAACAUGGGAAGAUUUUUCAUGUUUCUGAAGUUAAAGAUAGUGAUGCUGCAGAAAAAACUGAAACAAAAUUGAUAAUUGGAGAAUCUUGUGAAAAAGAAGACAAGUCAUCGGGUAACGGUGUGUCAGUGAUUGAAAAUGGUUAUAGCGCUAAAGAGGGUAAUACGAACGGUAAAUUUGGUUAUGCGGAGUUGAGUUUGAUUCCAAAAACAUUGGAUUUCGAGAAGCGUGUUAUCAGAGAGAACCAAAUACAGCGGAUUAACGUAGAUGAAUUUUUAGGCCAUUUAAAAUCGGAGGAUGAUCGUGAUGUUAUUUUUGUUGACAAGGAGUUGUUGUUAAACACAUUCAGAGAUUUGGUGACCGUUUCAAAAGUCAAAGAAUCCGAAGAAGCUGUUUGUCCGAAAACAAACGAACUGCUUAAAAAGUGCGUCUGCUCUGUUCAUAAGCUUAUGAAAUCGCUACCAGUGCAAGAUGGCCAGCCGACAGACGAAUUCGAUGGCCUAAAAAUGGAAACGGAAGAUGACAAUUACAGUGACGACGAAUCAUUCUUCAAUGGCUUCCGCUUAUGAAAUUGCUCUUUUCUUGGAAUUUUAAAAGGGAAUUUCAUUUUGUUGGUGAAAAGAUCUAAAAAAUGUUGGCAUUCUGCUUGGGUUAUCUCGAUUUUGUUGGAAAAUAUAAAAGAAUUGACGGAAAGGAGGAUUUCGUAGGCAGAAUUUUGCGAUUUCGUUGUUGAUGAUCAAGGUUUAGAAUGCUAUGUAGAUCUUAAUUUCACAUUUAACAAAUUAAAUCUUUAUAAACACUUUACAACACAUCAUUUAAUAACAUAUACUGUUUUAUUCUACAUCCAGUUUAGUGUUUUACCUUGAAAAACAGUCAACAAUUCAAAAGAUUUAAUUCCUAGUACUCCUUAUUGCGAAAUAUAGGUGCCAAAAUGAUCCUUGUUCUCGCUUUCUUUUAUUUCAGCCAAUUUAUGUAUUGAUUUGCUUAAAAUUAUUAGUUUAUUUUGAAAAUGGUGCUAAUAAUCUUUAGAAUACCAAAUUAUAAAAAUGUUCAUCUUUCUCUUAGGUUUUAGAACUAAUUAAUUGUUUACCCACGAUACAAAUUAUAUAUUGUUUAUAGAAACAGAUUUUAGCAAAAAUUUUCAUGUCACUAUUUUCGAAUUGAGUGAACUUCUAUUUUAUUUUUUUAAAUAUCAUCCACGACUUUUGUUGCAAAUGAAAAGUGUGUAGCAAAUUCCAGCAAUCCCACAAUGCUGUACGACCCCGAUGCCUGGAGAACAGGGGGCGGGUCGAAGUAGUGGUGUUCAUUUAAACCAAUUAAUGGAUAUUCCAACCUUAAGUUUGCUAUUUUUGCUGUUUUCUUUUAGAAAGAGUUGGACGAAAAGCUAUGUUUUGAGUUGACCCCGAUGCCUGGAGAAUAGGGGGCGGGUCGAAGUAGUGGUGUUCAUUUAGGCCAGUUAAUGGAUAUUCCAACCAUAAGUUUGCUAUUUUUGCUGUUUUCUAUUAGAAAGAGUUGGACGAAAAGCUAUGUUUUGAGUUGAAUAUUACAAAGUUAUAAUCAGUUUGCUUGUUAAAAAUUUACGAUAGAAAAAUCCAAAACCUGUUAUUGCGCAUUAGAAAUUUUAAAUAAUUGGAAACAAUUAAAAUCUGU